AUGGAAACGAACCCUAGCUUGGGCUGGGAGAAGCUUUCAGACGUAUAUUAUAGAAAUAGGCAGUUGACCAGUUGGGAUUGGAACCAUAAGAAUGAUGUUUCCCAUAGUUUUUCAACAACAUUAUGCGCGCUGUACUAUGACCAAAAAAUUGAGUGUUAUAACUACCUUGGUGAACUGAUUUGGGGGUGUGGUAUUGCUUCUUUACCUUCUAAAUUGGUCACUUUCCAAUUUGAUGAGGAGGAGACCUUUAUAAUGGUUUUGCAGGAUAGGAUACGGAGGUAUACUAACUGGUUCCCUUUAGUAUGGGAGGAAACAAUCCUACCUCCGGAGGUUAUCGAUACAAUUUGGGAUUAUAAAAAUGGCGUAGUAAUUUUACAGUCGAGCCAAGAUAUCUACUAUUAUUCUAAUAAUCGAUUCGAGUUAGUUUGUGAGAAUGCAGAGCAGUUUACUAUACCUACUAAACAUCAUUGGAAUGCUAGUGGAGAUAUGGUGGUGAUAUGUGAUGUUGAAUCUGUCUUCCAUUUCAAAAUAACGAGCAGGAAACUUGAAAAAGUUUUAUCUGAUUCUCGUUGGCAAGUUAUAAAAAUAUCACCCAAAGGGUUUGUAUGUUUGUUUAACAUCCGUUUGAACAAAUUGGCAAUCUACAAGGACUCUGCUUACUUUUUAUUAGAGCAAGUUCUAGAGGAAACUGCUGAUGCCAUUGAAUGGUGUGGUAAUGAUACAAUAGCUUACAGUUGUCAAAAAAAUGAGGAAGUGAAAUUAAUUGGACCUAAAGGGUCUUACGUUUCAUUCUGGUAUCCUGAUCGCAUUAUCGAUUUGCGAAUGGAAGUCGAUGGUGUGAAGGUAAUGACGUCAACGUCAGUUAACUUUAUUUCUAAAGUUGAGAUAUACACAUCAAAAAUAUUUUCAAUUGGUUCGACGGAAUCGAGUGCGAUUCUGCUGGAUUCUUUAGAGUUGUUAUCGAAUCAUGCUCCCAGAGCUAUUGAAAAUUUAAAAGUUAUUAACUUAGAACAAGCUGUUUUAGAGUGCACUUUAGCUGCUCGUGAAGAGUUUACACCAUAUUGGCAAAAAAGACUACUAUCUGCUGCUUCCUUUGGAAAGGACUCUUUAUCCAGUAGAGUGUUCAAUUCAAAAAUUUUUGUUCAAACCUGCAAUCUACUACGAGUUUUAAAUUGGUUGUCACAAUUGGGUUUGCCAAUAACUGCAAGACAAUAUGAUAUUAUUACAAUCAAUGGUAUCGUUGCCCGGCUUGUCAGACUAAGGAAGUUCCAUAAGUGCAUACAAAUUUGUAAUUUUCUUAACCAUCAAGACAUGCUUCCUUACAUUUUUAAGGAGUGGGCAGUUGCGAAGAUUAAAUUGUCCACUGAACUUGACGAUAUACAGUUGUACAAAGCAAUUAAAAAGCAAUCUUCAAAGCAGUCUUUAUCAUAUUUGAACCAAGUAGCACGUACUGCUUUUUUGGAAGGAAGAUUUGAACUUGCAAAGAAAUUAGCCCUGGAUUCUACCUUACCAAAAUUAAAAUUACAAUUACUGCUUGAUAUGGACGAAAACGAACUUGCUUUGAUCGAAGCAGUCAAAACGUUUAACACUGAUCUAAUAUUAUCAUUAUUGAUGAUAUUAAGAAAAAAGUUGACGACCGCCCAAUUCACAAAAGUUUUGCUGCUGGUUUUAAAAGAUAACGAAUUAAUGCAAUUUUAUGAAAGAGACAACUCAGCCUUUCUAUAUGAUUUUUAUCGCCAGACUGACAAUUUCCAAGAUUUAGCGCAAUUGAUCUUCUCUGAAGGAGAACGUAAAAACGCUUUGCCCUCUUUCCUACCACAAGUCCAAAAUCUAUACGGUAACGUUCUUGAUAGUGCUAUAAUAAAAGAGGAUAAAGAACUGAUCUCUCGCCAAAUUGCGUUAGCCGAGUUCCAACAAGAGUUGUCCACAAAGGUACAUCAUGAUUUCACUAAUUUGACUAUGGACAAUACUGUGACUAAAUUAAUCGAACUAGGGCAAGAAAAAUAUUUGACCAAGUUAUUAAAGUUAUUCAAGAUCAGUGACAAGAAGUAUUAUCAAAUUAAAUGUCAAACGUUAUCAAAUAUGGGAAGAUUUGAACAAUUGAACGCUUUUGCUAAGGAAAAGAAGUCCCCUAUUGGCUACAAGCCCUUUUUUGAAUGUGUCUACAAAAAAGGUCAUAAGAGGGAAGCUGCUGUAUACGUCUCAAUGAUCACCGGGAUACCCAGCCAAGAGAAAAUAGAAAUGUAUUUGAAGUGCGGCUCGUUGUACGAUGCUAUACAACUAGCAUCGAGGGAAAAAGAUCAGGAAGCAUUGAAGUACAUACAAGAUCAAAUUCCUCCAAAUCAGCCACAGCUGCAGGCUUUAUUAAGAGAUGUACUGAAUAAGCUUUGA